UAGUGCGGCAGUAAAAUGCUGUUCCGCUUCGGCGUGGUGCUGCCCGCCCGGGUGACGGAGGGCGGCGCGGAGCUGCUGGUGGCCGGGUCGCGGCCGGAGCUGGGCGAGUGGGACCCGCGGCGCGCCGUGCCCAUGAGGCGGGCGCGGCCGAGCGCCCCGCUGCCCGCCCAGGAGCCCGCGCUGUGGCUGGCGGAGGUGGCGCUGCCGGACGAGGACGCCGCCAGCCCCUUCUGGUACAAGUUCCUGCGGCGGGAGGGCGGCCACUUCCUCUGGGAAGGUAAUGGGCCCCACCAUGAUAGAAGUUCUGUUUUCAACCAGAGCAACAUAGUAGAUGGAGUUUACUGCCUCCCAAUAGCACACUGGAUUGAAGUCUCUGGACAUACUGAUGAGAUGAAACACACAACCGAUUUCUAUUUUAAUAUUGCAGGACAUCAAGCUAUCCAUUACUCCAGGAUUCUGCCAAACAUCUGGCUGGGAAGUUGCCCUCGGCAGGUGGAGCACGUGACAAUCAAGCUGAAGCAUGAGCUGGGUGUUACAGCUGUGAUGAACUUCCAGACUGAAUCUGACAUUGUUCAAAAUUCCUGGGGUUGCAACCGCUACCCAGAACCCAUGAGCCCCGAAAUCCUCAUGAAACUGUAUAAGGAAGAGGGUCUUGCCUAUGUCUGGCUGCCAACUGCAGACAUGAGCACUGAAGGAAGAAUACAGAUGUUGCCACAGGCUGUCUGCCUCCUGCACGGGCUGCUGCAGAAUGGACACACUGUGUAUGUUCACUGCAAUGCUGGCGUGGGCAGGUCCACAGCCGCAGUGAGUGGCUGGCUGAAGUACGUGCUGGGAUGGAGCCUGCGCAAAGUGCAGUACUUCUUGGCUGCCCGCAGACCAGCUGUCUACAUAGACGAGGAAGCUCUGAAUCGUGCUGAAGAUGAUUUCUACCAGAAGUUUGGGCAUCUUCGUUCCUCGUGCCAAAUACAAGAAUAGAAAAGCAGAAGAGGGAAAGGAGGGUGAAGAGGAAUCCUUACAUUUCAACCCCAAGGAGUUAAAAAUUUCUGUGACUCAGGCACCCACCUCACCUCUUCAGAUUAUGAACUUCUUGUAAAAGUGAUGAGAAUUUUGUUUUAAAAGUGCCUUAGAGUGUUUUUUAUUUGCUUUCUUUAAACAUGACAUGAUUCCUGUUUUCAAGCCUUUUGGAGCAAUUUUGAGACCUAGAAACUCAGCAAAGUGAAACCAGAUUUUCCUUUUAACUACUUGCCUACAGGAACUGAGGUUUUAGGGUAGACACUAAAUAAGAUGUGAGAUUAAAUAGAGUUGGCAAUAUUUCAGCGACAAGAAAAAAAUACAAAGAUUGACUGGAUUAAAGUUCAGGUUAGGAUGGAGGAGAUCUUCACCAACGCUACUCAGUUAUUUUAAGCGGACAUUAGAUUGUUUCAGUGUUUUGUAGUAAUUCUGUAGUCAAGUUGUAUUGAUGAGAAAGACCAGAAGGAAACUGAUUCUUCAACUCAGUGUUUAAAAACAUAAAAUUAAUACCUAAUGCAGUGAACUAAGAUUUGCUCUUUGUCCAUCUAGUUAAUGUUAAAUAAUAUGAGCUCCAGCUGUAUUAUUUUAUGACAUUGGGGUUGUGCUGGGCUGUGAUAUGAAGAGAGGACACAGCUCCAGCUGUGGCAGCCUUGCUUUGUUGUGGGGCAGGACCACUGUUACACUAUCCUAGGCAGUGAGUUCUCUGAGUUGAAGCUGUGUUUUGCUGCUCUGGUCCAUGCACUGUUGUACAGGGGCUCCCUUAGGUCAGUCUGAAUAGUAAGACAGAAGGUUAAGACAGGACCUAAAGGAAUUGUGUGAUAAGCAAUGUGCAUGACUGGCACCACAGCCUCUGGACUGUUGACCCAGUUUAGUAUCUUCAAUACAGCAAAAGCCUCUCCUUGUGCAAGCGGUGAGUGUGUGUUAGGUUUAGCUGAUUGAAGCUAAUGCUGGGCUGUCUCUGGGCUGAAUGAAUACAUUCCUCAUAAGAGCAGAGAGCAACUCGGCAGAGGAUGGUUUGUCAGGAGCUUAGCCUCAGUGUUAGCUUUGUGGAUGAUUCCUAAUGUUUUCUAUUGAUGCUUGGUCCCUUUGCUAAACUAAGCAGUAGCACAAACAGCUCCCAGUCCCGCUCAGAUAAAACCAAUUUGCUGUAGGUUGAGUUCAAGAGAGAAGAGAAGAUUAAGGAUGCAUAAACAUUAAGAAGCAUGAUUUCUAUAGGUUUAUUCUUCAGUGAAAUUUCAUUUUUUCCAGCCAACUUGUUCCUCUAAAGAUGCAGUCAGUGACAGAGUAGUUUAAGAGCUAAAUAUUGAUUUUCUGAAUACUUAAUGGAGAAACUGUUACAUAUGAACUGUUUAUGGAGAAUGUCCAAAAUAAUACAUUUUAUUUAUCCUAUACUUCAAUCAUCUUAAGAAGAAAAAUAUUUAUUUAAGUUAUUCUGUGUGUGGUUUUGAUCAUGACUUCAUUUCUGAUUUUUUGAAAUAGCACUGCCUGUUUAGAAAAUGGAUGAGAAAAGUUCUCUGUUAAAUAAAGACAGAAUUACUAUUCCAGCA